GUAACGUGUCGUUUUUCAAAGUAAAGCGGAGAAACCACCGACCAUCACUGUAUUUUACGGGAAAACGUCAAGUUUCACUUCGUGCAGUUACGUUGACUGCAUAACCAGUGGCGUGUGAAAGAAACUGCUAUUGUUGAGUGCCCCGUUUGUAGGGAAACCAACGUUACCCGAAAUUAUAGACAUGAAUCUCUCAUGAGAGAAGUAGAAACCACCGUUGAAGAGGUUGAAAAAACCAAGGCCGAAGAAGCCGUCACUGAAGAAAAGAAAGUCGUUGAGGCUAACGGUGAUGCUGAAAACGGAUCAGAAGAGAAAGAUGAUGACAAGGAAGUAAAAGAAGAUGAGGAGAAGAAUGGUCAUGAUGAAAGUGAUAAAUGCGCAAUCAAGAGGAAAUCCACAGGUGACUCCAAAGAAGAAAAAACCUCUGAAGAAGUCGUCCCUGAAAAGAAAGCAAAAAUCGAAGAAGCCCCAGCGGAAGCUGAAUCCAAUGGGGAUGCUGCUGAGGUAGCAGCAUAAAGACAUUUCAUCCUAAACCCCAAAUUUAGUCUUUAAGUUUUACUUCGUUGUAUAAUAUUAGGGUACUAAUCUUUUUACUGGCAGCCCUAUUAAAUCCUACAUGUUUCUCAACAUGCUCACCACUCUAUUUCUAGGAAAUUGCAUUUAUUUUAGUAUGUGGACACUUAAGUUUUCCUCGCAUUGAGGAAUGGUUGGUGUUAAUAUUUUUAUUAGUUCAGUUUUAUUAAUCUCCAGGGUGUCGACUUUCAGAGGUGCGUUUAUGUACUUAAUUUUAAUUACUUCUUGGACUAAUUAAAAUACUUGCUAUUUACAAGUUUGCAUCUUGGACCAACGAUGUUCUCUUAGAAAUCAAGAACUUCAUUCCAGGGUGCCGACUGGUAUGGUCCAACAAUAAAUAUUUCAGUACAAUAAGAGAUGUGUGUUGUAGUAUCAAUAAGAUGUAAAAACAGUUGUUUCGUCCUGUAGGAGGUUUACGAUUCGUUGAUUGUACAUUGUGGUGAAUCUCUGUCUUUCUCUUCCGUGAGAAGCCAGCUCUGCCAUUAACCUCAUUGACUAACCAAACUGGUUUCUAAAUGUGUUCAUAUCAGAUAUGUGGAAUACUAAUUGACUAAUUUUGUAAUGCUUUUUUUAUAAGAAGACAAAAUGAAUUUUCGAAUGGUCUGUUGUGAAUGCCAAUUUAUUAAAUAGUAAUAUGUUUCUGCUCUAUCAGAGCGGUCUUGGUACAAACUUGUAAAAAGAGGUGGCAAAUAAAGAGUUAGUUUCGAGUUUA